AACUUCAGACGGUGCAUCGAGAGACCUUCCAUUGUGAAGUCGUAUGUCAGCGUCGUACGUACGUGCAUGCAUCGUAGGCUGAUCUAACCGAUUGUUAGAAACGAAGUCGACAGAUUUACUGGCGCGCGAAUUGAUCAGAGCCUGUGUCUGAGGCUGAGUGGUGGAAAAAAUGUGUCGAUGCUGGCCGCGGAAGUGGCACCCCGAGCUAGUGAAUUCUACGUGGUCGACGAAUACUCGUCAUCAGGGAAAACCUCGAGAAAACGAGGAUCGCAAGAUCUGAGGCCGCUAAUCGACGGCGUGUACGCGAUAGCACGCAUAUACAACGAUCGUGACAACAUACAUAAACGAAGUUACAUGGCGAGUUAUUCACGGGGACGAUCCUCCCGACAAUCCGAUGACACAAUGGAUGAUGACGUUGACGAUAAGGAUGAUACGAAGCGGAAAUCGCGAAAUUUGAGCGAAAAAAAGCGAAGAGAUCAGUUCAAUAUGCUUGUAAAUGAACUUGGUAGUAUGGUCAGCACAAACACGAGGAAAAUGGACAAAUCUACAGUGUUGAAGUCAACGAUUUUGUUUUUGAAAAAUCACAACGAAAUAGCUGUCAGAUCGAGAGUACACGAAAUUCAAGAAGAUUGGAAACCAUCGUUUCUUUCGAACGAAGAAUUUACGCAUCUAAUACUAGAGGCUCUGGACGGUUUUAUAAUGGUAUUUUCUUCAAGCGGGCGCAUUUAUUAUGUGUCUGAAAGUGUCACGUCUUUGCUCGGCUAUCUUCCAAAUGAGCUGGAGAACACGACCAUCUACGAUAUCACUUAUCAGGAGGACCAGUCUCCCCUUUACAACGUACUACUGAAUCCGUCUAGUACAAAGGAUCGAAGAAAUAUUAAGAAAGAGGACAAAAUAUCUUUUUCAUGCCAUAUCAAAAGGGGAGGUUUAAAUGUUCAAGAAAAUCCAAUAUAUGAGCUUGUGCAAUUUGUUGGAUAUUUUCGUUCUGAUAUCGAUACAGAGGUAGAUAACUUGCUUCCGAAUACAAAAUUCGGGAACCCUACUGGAAUGGAUACGAAAUUAGUUUUCGUGGGUACAGGACGCCUCCAGACACCUCAAUUGAUCCGUGAAUUAUCCGUGAUGGACAACACUAAAUCAGAAUUUACGUCACGACAUAGUCUUGAAUGGAAGUUUUUAUUUUUGGAUCAUCGAGCACCACCUAUUAUUGGAUAUUUACCAUUUGAAGUUUUGGGCACCUCUGGUUAUGACUAUUAUCACGUGGAUGAUCUGGAUAAAGUGGUCACAUGUCACGAAUCAUUGAUGCAAAAAGGUGAAGGCACCUCCUGUUACUAUAGAUUCCUUACUAAAGGACAACAAUGGAUAUGGUUACAAACUAGAUUUUAUAUCACAUACAAUCAGUGGAAUUCGAAACCUGAAUUUAUUGUGUGCACACAUUAUGUUGUCAGUUACAUUGAUGUGAUUAAAGAAUUACGUAAGGAAUCGGAAAGUUUUAACAAGGAUCAAAAUCAAGAUGUUCUGAUGCCGUUAAAACAGCAACAAGCAUUUUCAAAAUUAUGUUUACAGAUAACGACGUCUUGUCCUGUUCCUCCGACACAGUGGCCAACUAAAUCAUCUAAAACAUCGAAAUCUAUACCAUCAAACACUCGACCACGACAUCACGUGGAAAGCUCUGAUAGUUCCUCGAUGUCAGCCUCCAUGCAAAGCUCUCCCCAUUCCCAGAUAACACACGUUUCACGAUCAAAAGGGACUUCUGCAAAUAGUUCUGUAACAUCAAAAACUCAAAUACCUCAAAUCGAUACUAGGCAACAACAACAACAGCAGCAACAGCCACAACAACAAUCGUUAUUAGAGGUUGAUCAGAGUUGUAUCAAUUUCAUGGAGCAGGCACAGUAUACGACAGUUAAUUUACAACCUGUGGUCAGCACAGAUUUUGCAACUCCUGCUGCGUCGAUUAUCUCCGCAAUACCGACACACGAGAUGUUACAUCAGCAAGGUAUCGUGAUGACACCAGCACAGAAUCAAAUUCAAGACGAGCUACAACGUAAGCACGAAGAACUGCAACAAUUAAUUGUGCAUCAGCAAGAAGAACUCAGAAGAGUAUCGGAACAGCUGUUUAUCGCUAGAUAUGGAAUUUUAUCACCGUUGCUCAAUACGGGCAUGCCGUACAAUGCUACAAAUACAUGUCAGCAGAUGAAUAGAUGCAAUACAAACAACUCAAAUGUACAAUUACCAACGUCAAGUAGCGUGCAAGGAGUGAAUGUUCUUCCUCUGCCCCUCACAGUUCCAGUGCCUAUAGUGCCUACAGAGUUGUUCCCUCAUCCAUUGACAGUUAGUCCAAUACCAACGAUGUCGGCCACAGUGCAAGGGAACGUAGGUACGAUGAUUCAAGCGCAACAGCAAUCACACCAGCAGUUGCAACACCAACAGCAACAACCGCAACAAGGACCAACGCAACAGAAUGGCAACCCGCCAGAUCUUGUGCCUUUUCAAAUGUGUCCACAUCAAGCGGAUAUAUUGUACAACGACAUGGAGCCAACUUCGAAUCAACAACCGAGAUCGUCACAGAAUUGAAAGUUAUUAAUUCCUUUGAUUCUGAUUAUCAUUGAGAUUUUUUGCUUAUAGAGGUUGGUGUUUGGAGUUGAAGAAAAAUUCAAUUGAAGGAACAAAUAUUGAGAAACCUCACAUUAAUCGUCGUAAUUUUUGACGUCAAUCGUCAGAAUUACGACGUGAUUUUGUAGUUCUGUUCAUAUCUUGUAUAGAAACGAGACACGAAGGAUUUCAUAUUUUUAUACGUGAGUUGUACAAAAAAUAUUCCGUCUGGGAACAGAAUCGGAGGAUAAAUUG